CUACAGGUCAUUGAUCUCAGCCCAGCUUUCCAGUAACCAGUACUCAUCCCUCAGAAGGCUCCAUCGACCAUCCCUCUUCUCAGCCCAGCGCCACCUCUCAGAUAUGGGGAACCACGGCUCUAACCUGGAUGAUAUCCUGGCAGAGGAUAUGCACCACUGGUACAACAAGUUUAUGAAGGAGUCUCCGUCAGGACUCAUCACGCUGUUCGAACUCAAGGGCAUGCUGGGUCUGCAGGGGAUGAACGAGAACGCUACCAGCUACGUGGACCAAGUCUUCUUCACCUUCGACAUGGACGGGGACGGGUACAUAGAUUUUGUAGAGUACAUCGCAGCCAUCAGCCUGAUGCUGAAGGGAGAAAUCAACCAGAAACUCAAGUGGUACUUCAAAUUGUUUGACCAGGACGGCAACGGGAAAAUCGACAAGGAUGAGUUGGAGACAAUAUUCACGGCAAUCCAGGACAUCACGCGGAACCAGGAUGUCACCCCAGAGGAGAUUGUGUCGCUCAUAUUCGAGAAGAUCGACAUCAACGGAGAGGGUGAGCUGACCCUAGAGGAGUUCAUUGAGGGGGCGAAGGGUCACGACGACAUCAUGGAGAUGCUGAAGAAGAUGAUGGACCUCACGCCCGUACUCAUCAUCAUCGUCCAAGGAAUAGUAGUCUGAGAGAGGCCUGGCCAACCACUGCCGUAGCCACUAUGUACACCUGCGUCCGGGGAGAGAGAAGACAGAAAGACUUAAGUCCAUUACAAACAUUUACCCCACAAACUAAUAAUUGUGAGAUUUUCCCGCACAAUGAACCUGAGGGAAUGCGUUACCUGAUGAAACAAGACUGUUGUUCCCCAAUGAGGCUUCUAUGUCACACUGCCAGGUCUGGGGGUGGAGACAAUAUAGUCCGUACAUAGUGGAUCCUAGGAAGAGAAGCAGCUAACAGGGUUCCGAAUAACUAAUUAAUAAAUAGUCCCAGACUGCUGAAGACUGAGGCAUCCAGUCCUAUACUGCAGCCCACUAACCACCCACAGAUGACGGGAUGGAUGAAGGGAGGAUGACAUUGAGAGACCCUUUUUCAACACCAUCACAACAAACAAACUGAAUGACAGAGAACAUUUAAAGGGACAGCUAUGGAGAGCGGUAAAGAUACCAUCUUCACAUUCUACCUGUUUGUGUUUGCUCUCUGACCACUCAGCAAGAUGAACACUUGGAUUCUGAGAGAGAGAGAGAAUUCUCUAUCAUAAAUCAUCACUAUAGGGCCAGGAGUUUUCCUGACCAUUUGACCGCGACAAGGAGAUGCUUUGGGCUUUAAUUAUAGGCUAUGUUCAGGAGUCAGGUCACAUGGUCAGGUAAAGGUCUUGUGUCGAAUCAUCU